GUCGGCUGGACGUUCAGUUUCGCGACAACCUCAACGGUGAGCAGUCGAGUUUCCGGAACAAUCUUCCAGGACACUGAUAUGUAAAGCGGGCGAUACGUGGACAUAGUGUUCCCUUGCAUUUCUCUGUGUUUUUCAAAAGGGCGGUUUACUUGUGCGAACUAAAAAUGAUGAUUACCCAUUUGGUGUUGGAAGAAGCAAACUGGUCGUGUUCAGAAAUGUGAUGAUCGGAACGAACCGGGGCAGAAGUACCCAAGAAGCAAGACAGUGAGAAGCUGCGUGGCCAGUUGACAGGCCGCCGGUUGACAAAUUUGAAUUUACGAGUUUAAAUUGGAUUUACGUGGGAUUAGCGUUCUCGGCUGGCGUUAGUUAGACAAGUUCAUGGAACAUCAGCGCUUCUUCCAUUACGUCGUGAUCGUUGGCGGUUGAUAUUGUACGAUAAGUGUACCAUUUCUAAACGAAGCGAAAGUACAAUUUUACUCUAUAAAACGGAUUCAUAGUUCAAUUGUGUUUUGUGAUAUCCAAGGGAAAGGUUCUGCGUUUUGACGAUCUCGGGCACGAGCUGAAGGUCAGCUUGUAAAUUGCGAGGAUAUGCGAAGACAUUCAGUGAAGUGAAUGAUAAACCGAAUGACCAUAAAAACUCAAUCAACUGAAGUCGCAAUUCGUAUGCGCGUGGAACGGUGAUUGUGAUUGCAUUUCUCACGGACAGCCAUACAAUGGAUGAUGAUACAAUGAAGGGUAAACAGCUGUCACAGCAGCAGCUGGACAAACUGGAGCAAACAUUAAAUCAGGAAUCGCAAUCCAAACCAAAGAAGAAAAGUACAAUUAUGGAUAAGUUUCGCUACUUUAAGAACAACAUCACUGUGGAGCCCAUCGUGGCGUGCUACAUUAUGCCCAGUGUCUUGGCCGGGCUCGCCACGCAGAAUCUCAAUCUGGAGAAGGCUUGCCGGGUGAAUCUCAACUAUGGGGAUGUGGUGUGUGACGCGCUGACCAGAAGAGAGACUUCCAAUUAUACGACAGAGGAAGCAGUGGUCCAGCAGAUGGUAGCCCGGAUGGCCGGUUGGAAAACCGUUCUGCAAAGCUCUCUCCCGUGUUUGCUGAUCCUGUUUUGGGGCGCUUGGAGUGAUCGUCACGGUCGACGAAAGCCCUGCAUUCUGAUUCCGAUCAUUGGCGAGUUUACGACGGCUGUGGGACUCAUUCUGUGCACCUACUUCGAGUGGUUACCGAUGGAGGCCGCUGCCGUUACGGAAGCUCUCUUCCCGGCACUGACCGGCGGCUGGUUUACGAUGUUCAUGGGAGUCUUCAGCUACAUUGCGGACGUGACCACUACUGAGGAGCGGACAUUGCGCAUCGGAAUCGUUAACCUGUGCUUCUCGCUGGGUGUUCCCAUUGGGAUGGCUUUUAGUGGUGUUCUGCUCAAGAAAAUCGGCUUCUACGGGAUAUUCUCCAUCUCGGCCACCCUCUACCUGAUUGCGUUCUUCUACGGGGUGUUCUUCCUGCCGGAGGUGGACAUUGUCAGCGAAAAAGACCGCCUCAAGGCCAAGGAGAAGAACAUGCUGCUCGACUUCUUCGAUAAGGAACACGUGAUGGAGACCUUCCGGGUGGCCUUCAAGAAGGGCGAACGCCAACGCCGUCUCCGAGUGAUAAUGCUAAUGAUUGUAGUCAUGGUUGUCAUCGGGCCGCUGCACGGAGAAAUGUCCGUCAUUUAUCUGUUCACGCGGUACAAGUUCAACUGGAGCGAGGUAGAGUUCAGCUUCUUCUCCAGCUACGGAAUGCUGACGGGUCUGAUUGGGACCAUAUUCUCGGUGGGUGUAUUUUCACAUCUGCUGAAGAUAGACGAUGCUCUCAUCGGGGUGAUGUCCUGUAUGUCGAAGAUACUGUCCAGCUUCGUGUACGCCUUUGCUGCGACCACGUGGCAGCUGUAUCUAGGUCCCAUGGUGGAAAUGCUCAACGGAACGUCGUUCAUAUCGAUGCGCUCCAUUGCCACCAAACUGGUGGCGAGUAACGAGCUCGGCAAGGUGAAUUCACUGUUCGGUGUAGCUGAAGCGUUGAUGCCACUGGUGUACGCCCCGAUGUAUACUACCGUGUACGCAGCGACGAUCGAUGUACUGCCGGGCGCGUUUUUCCUACUUGGAGGUGCCCUGACGUCACCUGCUGUCAUUAUUUUCCUAUGGAUGUACCGCGUUCACAAACGGGAAGCACGUGAAUUGGCUGAGGAGGCUCGCAUGCAAGAAAAGUACAAACAACUGUCACCCGACGGAGCGGAGAUUAUCCCCACCGGCGAUAGCAUCAUGAACGGAACGGUGAUUAGUCCAGCGAGUACUCGGGUGCCAGAACUUGAAUCACCAGUCCUGAGGGGUAGAUUCGGGUCCGUUAGGAAGUCUUCACUGCCUGGAUUGGCCGGUUUCGUUAACCCAGCUUAUGUACCUCCCGAAGGUGAAGUAAUUCACGAAACGAUCGAAAUCAUGAAGGAUCUUCCGGUCUUGCACGUGGAACAUUGCACACUGUGAUGCACGAUGACAAACGAAUUUUAGAUAGGUUUCUAGUCGAUAAGAUUGUGGUAUACGUAUUUUGUAAAGAAGAAUCUCCUCUAAGAGAACUAUAAGUAUUUCAUCGUCGAGCCGUCAAUGGAUGUUUUUGUAUUUAAGGAUACUUGAUAUAUAAUAAACAUGACUUUAUAAAAAAA